AUGCCAAUCACCUCAUAUCUUCAACAUUUGAUUGUACAGUGUUCCGGUAACGUUGGUGGCAUGAAGGUACCGUCGGUAAAGUUGGAAGUGGAUGGUGAACCUGUUUUCCUGAAACGUCGCGUUCUCCCAUACGGUCAGCGGGAAGGUGUCUUGAAAGCAUUACAGAACAUGGAACAGGAGAGUGUGAUAAGCAAAUUUGAAUCCAGUGCCUGGGUUACCCCAAUCUUCCUGGCGAUGAAAAGUGAUGGUAGGACACCACGGAUCUGUGAAGAACAUCGACUGACGUUGGACCCCCAAUUGCGGGGAUGUGCAGCGACCACCAUGGAGCCAGAGGAUUUCAUGAAUUUAUUAUACGGGUGCCAGUAA